CUUCUCCAGCACGGAGCAUGUUGGGCUCCGCCACUUUACGACUCUGACCGAUUCUCCGUUGCUCUGGUAGCGGUGCAAGGCCCCAUGAUGCUGUGCAUUGUGGCGCUGCUCUUUACAUCGACCGUAGCAGAGACCUCGGAAUCUGCAACUUGCCCGGAAGUUCCCACUUCCGCCAGCCUGGUUCAGCGGGAUGCCGCCAGGACGAAGCUACUGGAGCUGCUGCCAGGGCAUGGCUUCCCUUCCUCCCCAGAGGAGGAUGGGGUUCUCCAUCACCUUUGGCGGGGAUCGCAGGCGCUGUACUCACAGGCCGCCUCGAUGCUGGAGACCUUCCGCCAGAAGCCCCAGUCUCACUCCAGCUGGCUGAUGCUGGGGAUCUCCGCGGUAUUCACCAUCGUGUUUCUGAUCGGCGGGUUCAUGCUGCUGGCACGCGUGCAGAAGAGCUGGCACGCCUCCCAUUCCAGAUUGGAGGCCGGCGCGAACCUUAGCAGCCCGGCGCCCACUGGGCGCUUCCUGGGGGUGCCCCGAGCGCCUCGACCCGCUGCGAGCCCCCCAGGCACCCAGCCGGAUUCGCAAUCUUCGCUGCGGGGGGUGCCAGCCCCGCGAGAGGCGCCGGCGGCACGCGAACAGUUGCCAACGCUCUGUGAAGACUUGGUGGUCCCUGAUGGCACUGAGUGUGUGCUGGUGGUGCCGCCGAUCAGCGACUCUGAGAUCGCCAUCAACGACCACCGGGGCGCUUGCGUGUUCAUCGCCAGCAAGGGCUCUGGAGAGGCGGGCGUGCGGCUCUCAUUGAUGAGCCCGGACCACGAGCUCUUCGCCACCCUCCGCAAGCCACGGAUCGCGCAAGGGAUGGCCGCGCUGGCCAUCCACGGGCCCGCGGGCAACGAGUUCGGCAUGCUCAAAAGUCUGAAGAAUGGUGCGUACGAGGUGGCCGGCUCGGGCCGCUGCAUCCGCUUCCAGCUGGGUUCAGGGGAUCGCCUCAAUGUGGUGGACGAGGACACGCGGCUGAUGGCCAUGGGCGAGCCCGGCUCAUCAGGUCGCCAGUUCAGGGUGGGCCCACUGGUGGACGUUGGCCUGGUGGUUUGUGCUGCCCUAGGUAUCGAGCUCCUGCAGAAGGACUUCUCCUGAGCGAAGGGAUUUUGGCCUGAGGACCCGCGUGUGGCCCGCGACGCAGGGAGAAGAGAGCGAGUUCAAAAGAUCGUCUCUGAC